CUUUCAUAUAUCUUUUGUGUUUAAAACAAAUAAACACUUAACAAUCAUAAAAUUCAAGUAUGAUUGCAUCUAACCUUAAUCAUAGCAACGGGACAAAUGUACCCCUCAUUUUCAGAAACAGAAUUGGAUCAAUAAACAAACAAACAAUAAAAUGAACAAAAAUCCGCCCGCCGCUUAUUACUUAUUAUAAACACAAGUCACAACAAAUUCCCCCACAGCCCGAGGCUUAAAAGAAAGAGAAAAGGAGAGAGAAAAUGGAGGCAGGUUUACUAGCAAAGGAGAGUUGCGGUGGUGGUGGGUCGAGAUGGAGGGAGAUAGGGAAGGAGAUGAAGCGGUUGGGUUAUUUGGCCGGGCCGAUGAUGGCCGUCACUCUAUCAUUCUUCCUCUUGCAGGUCAUCUCACUUAUGAUGGUCGGCCAUUUGGGCGAGCUCUCUCUCUCCAGUUCCGCCAUAGCCUUCUCUCUUGCCUCCGUCACCGGCUUCAGCUUCCACCUCGGCAUGGCAAGUGCUUUAGAAACAAUAAGCGGGCAAGCCUUUGGGGCGAAGCAAUACGAAAAAAUUGGUAUUCAAAAUCAGACGGCCAUUUUCUCUCUCAUCAUCAUCUCCAUCCCUAUUUCCAUUCUAUGGACGCAAAUGAGCAAAGUACUAGUGUUGGUGGGGCAGGACCCUGAGAUUUCUCAUGAGACUGGUAGGUUCAUGACGUGGCUCAUCCCAGCUCUGUUUGGGUACGCCACCUUGCAGCCACUCAUACGCUACUACCAAAUGCAGAGCUUGGUUUUGCCUAUGCUCCUCAGCUCAACUGUCACCCUCUGCUUCCAUAUUCCUGUCUGUUGGACUCUCGUUUUCAAAACAAGCUUGGAGAACCUCGGUGGAGCAGUCGCUGUCGGAAUAUCCAUGUGGCUCAACGUCACAAUUUUGGGCACUUAUAUGCUGUUCUCACCCACGUGCGCCAAAACACGCGCCCCCAUCUCCAUCAGGAUGAUGUUUCAGGGGAUGGGGGAGUUUUUCAGAUUUGCGGUUCCUUCUGCGGUUAUGAUUUGUCUCGAGUGGUGGUCGUUUGAGCUGGUUAUAUUGCUCUCCGGGAUUUUACCAAAUCCGCAGCUCGAGACCUCCGUGCUCUCUGUAUGCCUGAAUACAAUUGCCACGCUUUAUGCGAUACCAUAUGGAUUAAGUGCUGCAGCAAGCACUAGAAUCUCAAACGAGUUGGGAGCGGGUAGACCAGAGGGAGCUCGUUUGUCAGUGAUUGCUCUAAUGCUUCUUGCUGCUAUUGAUGCAAUAGUAGCAAGCGCAAGCCUCUUUGCUAGUCGACACGUUUUUGGCUAUAUUUUUAGCAACGAGGCUGAGGUUGUGGAAUACGUGACCAAUUUGGCUCCUCUCAUUUGCUUAUCCGUCAUAAUGGACUCUAUCCAAGGGCCCCUUUCAGGCGUUGCGAGGGGCUGCGGAUGGCAACAUUUGGGGGCUUACGUCAAUCUUUCAGCAUUUUAUCUUUUUGGUAUUCCAAUUGCGGGAGUUUUAGGUUUCUGGUUAAAUUUUAGGGGAAAAGGUCUUUGGGUAGGGAUACUCUGUGGCGCAACCUUGCAAACCAUUAUGCUCUCCAUCAUAACUGCCUGCACAAAUUGGGAAAAACAGCAUUCCACUCUUAAACUUGAUGCUAUCGGUUUCGCCCUUAACAAGGCAACCAAGGCCAGGGAGAGGUUAUUUGGAUUGGAGUGAGCUUCGUCCCAAUACACGUACUGAAGGAGAAAUUUUCAAGCAACAUUUUUUCUAAUCAUCAUUAUAGUAUUUUUUUAUUAGAAUAUGCUAUGUAAACUUGGGUUGGAAGUUAUUCAACGCAGAGGCGGAUCCAGAAAUUUUCACUGAGCCAGGGCAAAAAAUAGUUCGAAAUUUUUUUUAACCAUAUUGCAGAAAGUAUUUAUAUUAACAAUUAAAUAAAUCAUUAAAAUAAUCGUGUGUUGUAGGGUUCCAUUUUUAAUUUGCCUUUGACUAGAUGUUAAAACACUACAAAAAAAUGUCACAUUCUGACGGAAAACUCUACGGUAAUAUAUUCUAAUGAAAAUUUCAACUGAUAUUCCAAUGGUAUGAGUUCCAUUGCAAUGAUUCCAAAGAAAAAUUCCUAUGGAAUUAUUCCGUUGAAAUGAGUUUUUUCAUUGGAAUUUGGAUGAAAUUUGAUCAUU